AUGCUGCUGCGAACCGCUUGGAGGCGGGUGGCCACGGCCGCCCCCGCGGCUCUGGGGCCGAGGGCCAAGGCGCCUACUCGGGGGCUGCGCCUGCGCGGUAUAGACCUUACUCCCCAGUCUGCUGUUCCCUCUGAUGCAGCCACUGCUCUGGAGGCGGAGUCAGUGCUGCGACCUCUGUACAUGGAUGUGCAAGCUACAACUCCUCUGGACCCUCGGGUGCUUGAUGCCAUGCUCCCUUACCUGGUCAACUACUAUGGAAACCCACACUCCCGGACACACGCUUAUGGCUGGGAAAGUGAGGCUGCCAUGGAAUGUGCUCGCCAGCAAGUAGCAUCUCUGAUUGGGGCUGAUCCUCGUGAGAUCAUUUUCACUAGCGGUGCUACUGAAUCCAACAACAUAGCAAUUAAGGGAGUGGCCAGAUUCUAUAGGUCCCGGAAAAAGCACUUGAUCACCACUCAGACAGAACACAAAUGUGUCUUGGAUUCCUGCCGUUCACUGGAAGCUGAGGGCUUUAAAGUCACCUACCUUCCAGUGAAGAAGAGUGGGAUCAUUGACCUGAAGGAACUAGAGGCUGCCAUCCAGCCGGAUACCAGCCUGGUCUCAGUCAUGACUGUGAACAAUGAGAUUGGAGUGAAGCAGCCCAUUAAGGAAAUAGGGCAGAUUUGCAGUUCCAGAAAGGUGUAUUUCCAUACCGAUGCAGCCCAGGCUGUUGGAAAAAUCCCACUUGAUGUCAAUGACAUGAAAAUUGAUCUCAUGAGCAUCAGUGGUCACAAAAUCUAUGGUCCCAAAGGGGUUGGUGCCAUCUACAUUCGCCGGCGGCCCCGUGUGCGUGUGGAGGCCCUGCAGAGUGGAGGGGGGCAGGAGCGGGGUAUGCGGUCUGGGACAGUCCCCACACCCCUGGUGGUGGGACUGGGGGCUGCGUGUGAGGUGGCACAGCAAGAGAUGGAGUAUGACCACAAGCGAAUCUCAAAGUUAGCUGAGCGACUGAUACAGAAGAUAAUGAAGAGCCUUCCAGAUGUGGUGAUGAAUGGGGACCCUGAGCACCAUUACCCAGGCUGUAUCAACCUCUCCUUUGCGUAUGUGGAAGGGGAGAGUCUGUUGAUGGCACUUAAGGAUGUUGCCUUAUCCUCAGGGAGUGCCUGCACCUCUGCAUCCCUGGAGCCCUCUUACGUCCUUCGAGCAAUUGGCACUGAUGAGGAUUUAGCUCACUCUUCUAUCCGGUUUGGCAUUGGCCGUUUUACUACAGAGGAGGAAGUGGACUACACAGUGGAGAAGUGCAUUCACCAUGUGAAGCGUCUUCGGGAAAUGAGCCCUCUCUGGGAGAUGGUGCAGGAUGGCAUUGACCUCAAGAGCAUCAAGUGGACCCAACACUAG